AUAUUUGAAGUAUUAUUUUUGGCUUAUAUGGGUUGGUUGCUUCAGGCAUUCAAGAAGGCUUGGGAAGUAGCAUGUUCAUAUGCAGGAGCAGUUUUUGUGGUGCCGCAGAAAAAUUAUCUACUCAAGCCAAUCACAUUUUCUGGCCCUUGCAAAUCCAACAUCGCAGUACAGAUCUCUGGAACCCUUGUAGCAUCAGAUAAUCCAUCAGAUUACAGUGAAGACCGCACACACUGGCUUAUGUUCGACAGUGUUCAGAAACUAUCAGUUAAUGGUGGUGGAACCAUCGAUGGAAAUGGAAACAUAUGGUGGCAAAACUCAUGCAAAAAGAACCCUAAGCUUGUAAGAUAUUAUAUUACAAUAUUGUUAUCUUUGAUUCAUAUAUCAUAUUCAAAAGCUAACUAUUCUUCUGUGUUUUUCCAUUUGCAGCCUUGCAAGAAGGCCCCUACGAUUAUUUGA